AUCUCGACGUAUGUCUAUCUGUUUAUUAAAAGAUCGAUGUUUAUAAGCAUUCACGGGUCUGUAUUUAGAACUUGGAAGCGACUUGCAACAAUCGUCACGAAUUUCUGUUACAGCACAUUGAGCGCAAAUCCAGCUAUUGAGUUACGAAAUAUCAUCGCGCAGGAAACAAUCGGACCGGUCAAAGCGCUCACAUCACAGAAGGAGUCCAACAACUUCACGCCAUGGACAUCGACGCCACAGAGAAGAUAGAGAAGAGCGGACAAACAGCACCUCACGAAGACGACAUCGUGAUCGUGUGGCUAAAGACCGGAGUCCUGUUAAGUGUGCUGAAUUUUUUACUUCUCCGACUCCGAGUUGGCUUAAAGACCCAGCUGUGAAAUAUAGACUACACCGUAUUGCAAAAUGCUGCUGACAAUUAUAGACACGAGUGAUGAAAGGACCCUGGCUAAUUCACUGAUUCAAUGAAACGUGGCAAAAAAAUUAUUGUAACGACAAUAAUUCACUGGAAUUGUGGCGUGGUUUAAAUUUGCAAAAAAUUGACAAGAGAAUCCUCUGAAACCUCGUGCUGAAAAUUCAUUUUGACUAUAUUUAAACGCGUAUUAAAUAUUUCAAGACAUAAUACUCGUAUGAAAUCUUGUUUGGAAAAGCGAACCGAUUUUAAAAAGUUCUCUUAUUAAUGAUGCCAAAAUGAUAUACUUGUAUCGCAUUGGUUCUAUUAAAUACAAAUUAUCAUGAAAUAUAAGUCACAUUUAGUUAUCCUCUUCUCGGCCAAAUGCAAAAAAAUGUUCUUAGACUCUUUCUGAUCUAUAAAAUAUAAAUCAUAUGUACGAUGUUGAUAUGUGCUAUUUUCCACACCAUUUGUAUGUAUUUUUCUGCUUGUAUUACAUGUAUUAUACACAAGAACAUUUUGUUUAUGCAUAUAUGUAUUUAAUCUUACGCACUCAAUCUAAUCCCACAAAGGAAUCGAACACAUAUGAGUUGGGAAAAUUCUGAAAGUAGGUCUGAAUUUGUAGUUUUGAUAUAUUGCUCAACAUACAUUUUUAAAUCGACUUUUUCCUUUGACUUUACUUGCAAUUUUUAUGUUUCCACAAAAUGCAAAGUCAACGAUGUACCCAAUAAAUGAAUAAAUUUCUGUAGUAUAUAUACGCUGAUCAACGUUUUCAUUGUAUUUAUCUUUCGCUUCCGAAAACUCAGUUUAUGAACAACAUGCCAAGAUUAUUUUAGUGUGGAUGUUUUUCCUUUACCGUUGGUAGAAAAACGAAUUUCUCGCACUCGUUGGUGUUCGUUUCUGUUCUAUUUGUGAAACCGUAUGUGUUUCAUUCAUUUAAUCGUCGGGACUGCUGACAGUUUACAGCACUGCCAACUUUUAGCAUCGUACUCCGAAAAUAAAAAUAUAGUUGAAUUUCCAUUCACUCUUCAAAUAUAUCAGAAAACUGGUAUUGUUUCAAUAAUAUUAUCACGAAAAAAGGAAAAGUAUAUGUUAGGUAUUUUUGUCUAUAUAUUACUGAAAAUACACAAACUGUUUGAAACUUUGAAAACGUUUUCUUAUGUUUUGUGAAUAUUUUUGUGAGUAUCUAGAGUAAAGUGAAUGUGAAUCGUCAUAUUCAUCAUUUACAGUUUUUCAUUUUGUAUAAUGUUGUUUGAGGAAUAUUUCGAUGAGUCAAGUGAUCAAAAAUUAGUAUUCUUAAAUGGUCUUCAAGUGAAAAUCACAACAAUGGAAAAACAGGGAUAAGUUCUCUAAUUUCUAAGGGAAAUGAAAAAUGAACAGUUGAAAUCUACGUGAUAAUAGUAUUCAAUUUUUUUCUCUAAAUUUCAAAAUUAAUUUUAAAGUUUUUUAUUUAUGGGAACAACUAAAUUAGGAUAUUAUGUGUGACCCGAUGCCUCAUAUUAUUCCAACUCACUAACAUUUGAGUUAGAAGACAUUUUUCGUGUCUAUUUAUGCAAAUUAAUCAGUGUAUUUGUGAAUGCUGUUGUAUGCAAUUUACUGCUAUCUGAAUAUCAAUACGAAGAAAAUUCUUUCAUAGUUAAAAUGGUUGAGAAGGUACGAAAUUGUUUCUACAUUGUUCUACAUUGAACGUAAAUGACGAUGGCUACCGAAUACUACAUUACUAGUCGAACAAAAUUGCUUCAUUCAAAUUCGAUAUAUCCUUCAUCACCAUAUUUUAUUCAAUUAGUUGUUGCUUUGUCGGCCGUACGUUAAGAUCGAUCAGUUUUCUAAAUGUCAUUCAAUAAUUUGUGAGGAUAGAAAUAUUUGCACAGUGUCUUUUUACUUUUUACUUGUCCAUUGCUAGAAUUUUGUUGGAUCGUGACAUUUUCAUAGAUGUUCUGUUACAAUGUUUAACUGUUAAAUGACAGUAAAGAGUGCUACAAAACGGUGAUAGUGUUGGUUUUGUAAAUUAAUGAAAUAGCAUUGCCAUAGUUUAUCUAGACUUUUCCUACAUAGUUUUGUUUGUGAAUGAUGUCUACGUCUACUGAGUUUGAAGCAAUUGCUGAUAGUUGUGCACCGCGUAACGCUCUAUUUUGUUGUCGAUCGCCGAUCUGUUUGAAUAACAGUCCACAAUUGGUGCCAGUUAAAAAUACUCCAAUGGAUUCACAACAUCAAAAUGAUUCAACAAUUUACCCAGUGCGUGUCCCUGACUUAUCGGAUGCUGGACUGUACACCGAUUUGAUAACACAACCGAGAAAAUAUUGCGACGUAAACGGGAAAAGUAAACAAAAUGCUAUAACUGACAUGUCAGAAGGUUCACAGCCAAAUAAGAUGCAUCAAAUAAAUAAGUCCCAAUCGGCCCAAGAUAUUCGACAUUAUGGGGUUAGCCUACGUCGUGUAACACCUCCGAAAUGUACAGUCUCAGUGAAAAAAAAUGAUAAUCCGAUGAUGAAUGUUGUCUUACGCAAGGUUGAAAAAAAGCUUCUUGAACCACCAAAGCCAACUACACAUGAAAAGAGUCCGCCUCCCAAAAAACUUACUUCAGCAACUACUAACGCUGGUGUCACUAUUCUCAAAUCUAAAAAAACUCGAAUUGCUUCGAAUAACCAAAACUUAAUCGCAAAAUCGAAAUCUACAAAUGACGUAACGAAGAAAACAGAAGCCGAUUUAAAAAAAACCCUAGCAUUGGCAAAGCCACCGCUACAACAGCCACCACCACCACCAUCAUCAACCGUUAACUUACUAAAAACACAAAGACCUCCACUUGAAAUUCAUAAAAUUGAAGGCGAUAAAAUUAUUAUUAUUAGACGCGUCCCUCGAGCACACCGUCUAGCUGCAGACUGUGACCUAAAGCUCAAAAGCUUGCCUUCACUCUCCGCGGCACCCAUUAACCAGAAUCGCAUUUCUACGUAUGAUUUUCCCAUGUUUUGUGAAAACGAAAAAAGCAUACAACCCACAACACAUAAAUGUGUUUCUAAAUCCAAACCAAACAUGACACAGCCAACAUGUUACGUAGAACACUCAACAAUGAUCACAAAGCAGCCCGACAGGACUGGCACGUCAUAUAAAAAUGUCAAUGAAUGUUUGUUGGAUGCAAAAAGUUCCAUUCCAUUAUCAAAAUCUGCAUCUCUUCAAGCAUUCUCGAGCGGAAAUCCAUUUUCAGAAAACUUAUUGUCUUCAAAAUAUGCUAAAUCACCGAAAAAAAAGAACAAUUCAUCGUUGUGGACAGCAGCGGAAAAACGAACCAAUAUUUCUACAGCUAAUGUCAAAAAUUUGCAAAUUGUUGCUCCUGGCACAUCGUUGGCGCAAACCAUACACAAUUCCGGGUGUAACCGAUACAACAAGUAUGAUAGCGAAUCAUCUUCGGGUAGUGAUUUAAUUGAUUUGACGUCAAGAAAAAAUGUAUCGGUUGGCGAAAUGUACAAUGACGAUAUUGAUUACAUGAACAAUUAUUUAAAGAGUUUGCCCGACUACAAUGAACUUAAUAAGAAGAUCAGCAAUGAACAACAAAAAUGUGAAGACAUUUAUGAUCGUUUGCUAUGCAUAAACUCGUCAUUGAAAUCGAAUUUUUUGCCGAAAUCAAAUUCAUGUCAUAGCAUAGCCACGGCAUUGGUCAAACCACAUCAGUCCCUUUCCGUACAAAGCGGCAAUAAUGCUAAAAAUAAAAUAAUCCGCAGUUCGUCAAGUUCGGUUGUCAAUCACAACAUGAUAAGCAACCGCGGCCAUACUGGCGUCACUCCAAUUGAUUCGAUGAAUUCGAUUAAAACUAAAGCUUGCCCCAACCAGAUAAUAUCAAGCAAGCUACCGCAAGUAUCAUCGCAAACGAAACUCGAUUUCAAUGAAACGUUUAAAUUUCAAAAUACAUUGCCAAAGAGCGCAUCAAGUACGAGUCUACAACGUAGUAACUCAAAAAAGGGACUCAACGAAUUUUGGUCAGAAAAUUUAGCGAAGUCCAAUCAACAGAAGAUGGGAUGGAAUUACAAUAAAAUCAUGGCAAAUAAAUUAGAGAACUUCAAAUCCGAUAAUAAUAAUGUAACCCCAUCAAACGGAUAUAAACUACAAAAAAAUAUGUCGUUAUCCCAGCUGGGUCAGAGAAUUCAGCAGAAUGUAUCCCGAGAGGAACUAUAUAAUUUGAUAUGUAACAAUGAGCCAGACCGACCGUUGGAAACAGAUACCAGUACGAAAAUCAAUUGCAACAGUUUCUUGCAGUUAGAUGCUCCCCCAAAAUUGACAUCGAAUAGAUCAACACAAAUUCAUAAACCACAAUCGGUGCAACAGUCUUAUGUUCCAAUGGGAAUGAUAAAUCCAUUAGAAAAAAGUGUUUCACAGGCUAGUAUGCCCUCAACAUACAUACAGAGAAUGAAAAUGAAAUCACCAAGAAAAAACAACAUUCCAACAUUGUGUCAACCAAUUUGCAGAAGUACGUCAAACACAUAUGUUUUCAGUCGAGCUCACGAAGGACAACAAGAUAGUUUCACUCCAACAAAUUUAAUGAAAAGCUCGUCUAGUUCAUCAAUUUUCAAUACUGCGCCGGGGAACAUGACUGCUAAUAUCAAACUAAUAACCAACUGUAGUAUCAAUAACACAAACAACAUAGGCACAGUUUCUGGUCAAUCGAAUAAAUCGAAAGCUGUUUUAAAUAGUGAAAAUAAAAUAAACAUGAAUAACGAACUGCUCAAAAUACAAAAUGAGAUUCCGUUUCAUGAGACGUCAUCCCUAAAUAAGCGAAAUACAGAAAACAAAUUUGCGGCAAAAACAUUCAAUAAAUUUAAUAGUAUUUUCACGCAAAAUCGAAAGAAUCCUAAUUCAAAAUCUAAUAUUCAGAUGCCAAUAUUCACAAACCUGCCUUCUACGAUUUCACAUGAUACAAACAUAAAGAGUUCGAGAAAUUCUAUGAAUAUAAGCUCAAACAAAUGUUUAGAAACAACAUUGAAAUCAGAGAAAAAUAAUGAUAAAACAUUACCAACAAAAUUAAUGUCGCAAACUGUUUCUGGUCCACUGAAACUUAAUCAGAUGAUUGGUACUCAGUAUGUGGAAAACACAAAAUCUAAUGAGAGCUGUUACAUAAAAAACAACUCUAUCAUGGAUCACCAAAAUAAUUGUAUGCAUCCAAAAAUGAAUUUUACAUCAUCUAUAAUAAUGACGUCUACCGUACCUGAACUGCAAACCCUAAGAUUAAAAAAAAACACAGAUAGGGAGCUCACUGAAAAUAGAAAUGAACAAUAUUCAAUGCGAAAUGUUGAUACGCAUAACACCAACCUUGCUAGUUCAUUUGAUUCUACUAGUGCAAUCAAUUCUUCAACGAAUUGUAACCAUAUCAAGCCGGAAAUAUGUGAGAAGGUCUUUUUGCAAAAUCCAACAUCAAAUGCAGCCCAAAUACCAAUCCACCAACGAAGUAGUCACGAAAGACCAGAGCAGAUUUUUGGUACAAAGGUGACCAACCAAAUAUGUUUCUUUAUUGUUUUUUUCUAAACUAACUGCUUAUUACUGUAAUCAGCAUUAAUUAAAACAGUCAAUUUUACGCACGCAUUUUGAAAAUUUAUGUGAGCUUCUAUUUAGGCUUUCUGCAUCACUCUUGCCAAAAUAUACAAAAUAUUUAAACCAAAUAUGAGAAUAUAUCCCUCCAUUUGAAUCUUUAUUCACAAAUGUUCGAGUUUACAAAACAAUCGCUCUUAUUUCUUAAUUAAACUAUCAGAGUCUGAAAUUCAAAAUCCUAGUAAAAGAACAGUCACUUCUUGAUUUGGAAACGAAAAUUUAUCACAAAGUAACUACUCAUGACAAAGAUUUGUAUAGCAUUUAUAAUUCAGUUUAUUCAGAAAAUUCGUAUUGACCAUAGACGAAAGCAUUCGACGAUUCCCAACGUAUCGAAAUGGAAAGUCAAAGUAGCAUUCCAUUGAAUAAUAAAUGUAUUGAUUCGACAA